AUGCUACGCCCGCCCACGCAGCAAGCGUCCAAUCACAGUCAGGAAAGGACUUCCCGAAGUUUGCUUUCACUGGAUGAUCCCUCCAAUGAGGGCGGAGCUACUGCCGCUUUGCAGACGCGGUUGCCCGAGUGGCGGUCCGCUGUGAAUUCGCACAGUUGUUCCCGGGGGAUCGACCGGGAAAAAUCCUUGUGUGUCGAUUCCAAGAUGUACACGGGUCAUCAUCACACCGAGUUGGCACAAACUUGCUAUGACUUGGACACCAUCAACCGACAGUUCGUGGAUUACCAUGCCAUGGACUACAUUGACCCGCAGUGUUACUACAGUCCAGUGAUGCCAGCAGCGGCGCCACAAACGUACACGCCGUUGUCGGCGCCACUCGGGCCGCCGCCGCAGACACAGACGCCGACGAUGCAGCAAAUGACGAUACUCGGCAAUAAACCCUUGAUUAAUGGACAAACCCAGCUGACGAAUUUACCAUCGAUGACCCGGAAACGGAAGAAGAAGCGGUUCGCCCAGCAAGCUGUUCACCAGCGACAGGCGGCCAACAUGCGGGAACGGAAGCGGAUGCAGAGCAUCAACGAUGCAUUCAAGGGGUUGCGAGAACACAUUCCUACAUUGCCGUACGAGAAACGCCUGAGCAAAGUGGACACGCUCAAACUCGCCAUUGGCUACAUCAACUUUUUAGCGGAACUGGUGGAGAAUGACAGGUAUCCGCCCGAAGCCAAUCCGACCCAUCAAGAACCGGUCAAGAAGGUCAUCAUCCAGUGCCACCGAGGACAAUGCGGGGCUUUUGGUGGGCAUUCCUUAUCCUGGCGAAGUGACAAGGAAAACAACGGCCACGGAACCCGGCGACGGGGUCGACAACGAGGCUGUCGAGCGCACGCGCCUCAUUCAUUUGCAUGCUCACCUGGACGCGUCACUGAUGACGAUCUAUCAUCAUCUGUCGCUAACAUCCCGGGAGCAAAGAAGGAAUGCAUGGUGUAG